AUGAUAUUACAGAUGAGCUGUAACUGCCCUUUGACCACGGCCACAGGGCCAACGUUGGCAUCCACUUGUGGCGGACCAUCGUUCAUGCUGUUCAUGGGUCUUCUAGAAGUGUUUCUGCGAAGUCAGUGCGACCUUGAAGAUCCUUGCAACAGGCCUAUACCUCCGAAAAACGUGAAUAUGAGAUACGAUUUCGUGGUGAUAGGAGGAGGUAGUGCCGGAGCAGCAGUAGCAGCGAGAUUGUCAGAGGAGCCAAGAUUUUCUGUAUUAUUGUUAGAAGCUGGCUUAGAUGAGCCAACCGGUACACAAAUUCCAUCGUUCUUCUUUAAUUUUCUCGGUAGCGACAUCGAUUGGCAAUAUACGACAGAGAGCGAGGAUCAAGCGUGUUUGAAUAAAGACGAUAGGAAAUGUUAUUGGCCAAGAGGAAAAGUUCUCGGAGGUACUAGCGUUAUGAACGGAAUGACCUAUAUGAGAGGCUCUAGAAAGGAUUACGACGAUUGGGCCAGAAUGGGCAACGUUGGUUGGUCUUAUCAGGAUGUCUUACCGUACUUUAUAAAAAGCGAAGAUAAUCUACAAGUAUACAAUAUGGAUAUCGGUUAUCACGGAGUUGGAGGACCGCUGACGGUUACGCAAUUCCAUUAUCAUCCUCCCUUGAGCUCUGCCCUCCUCGAAGCUGGAAAAGAACUUGGAUACGACACGGUGGAUUUGAACGGACGAACGCACACCGGAUUUGCCAUAGCGCAAACGACCUCGAGAAACGGUUCUCGACUUUCGACGGCUCGGGCCUUCCUUCGUCCCGCUAGGAAUCGUCCAAAUCUCCACAUCAUGUUGAACUCGACGGCAACGAGGAUUAUCUUGGACGGUAAUAAGAGAGCAGUUGCCGUGGAAUUCAUUCAUGACGGGAAGUUGAAUCGAGUAUCCGUCGCGAAGGAAGUCGUUGUAAGCGGAGGUGCCGUCAACUCACCUCAGAUACUUUUGAACAGUGGCAUUGGGCCACGAGAUGAACUGAAUGCCGUCGGUGUACCCGUAAUUCAUGAUCUUCCUGGAGUUGGGAAGAAUCUGCACAAUCACGUUGCCUACACAUUGACUUUCACGAUCAACGACACCGAUACCACUCCGCUUAACUGGGCUACGGCAAUGGAAUACUUACUUUUCAGAGACGGACUCAUGUCUGGCACGGGUAUAUCGGAGGUAACCGCAAUGAUCAAUACGAAAUAUGCUAAUUCGAGAGAAGAUCAUCCAGACGUUCAGCUUAUAUUUGGUGGCUAUUUAGCGGAUUGUGCCGAAACAGGCAUGGUAGGGGAGAAGAAAGGGACAAAUCGUACCAUUUACAUUAUUCCCACUUAUUUGCAUCCUAAGAGCCGUGGCUAUCUACGUUUACGCAACAGCGACCCUCUAUCGAAACCUUUGAUCUAUCCAAAGUACUUGUCUCACCCAGACGACAUAGCUGGAUUAGUUGAAGCCAUUAAGUUCUCCCUUAGACUAUCGGAAACCCAAGCUUUGAGGCGAUAUGCUUUCCAAUUGGAUCGUACACCGGUUAAAAAUUGUGAACAUUUGAAGUUUGGAUGCGAUGCUUAUUGGGAAUGUGCCGUGAAACACGACACAUCUCCUGAAAAUCAUCAGGCUGGUUCAUGCAAGAUGGGUCCACAAGAUGAUCCUUUUGCUGUCGUAGAUAAUCAAUUAAGAGUAAGGGGUGUACGAGGUAUUAGGGUAGCCGACACUAGCAUCAUGCCAAAAGUCAUUUCCGGCAAUACGAAUGCUCCAGCCAUUAUGAUAGGUGAAAGGGCAGCUGAUUUUAUCAAAAGAACGUGGAUCGGUUGAGUGGUUAUCAACGUUACGGAUGGUUAUUGUUGAUAGACACGAAUAUUCUCAAUCAUCGAAUUUUUAUCGAUUGAACUUUUUUAUCAAAUCAAAAACAAUUCUAAUCGUAAGUAUAAUAUUUUCUUCUAA